CACAAUCCCCAAUCCUGCACGAUUACCAAAAGGUCACAGUCGUUGACCACAAUUCACACACCAGAGUGCCUUUCAGUGCUCUUUUGACUACAAGUCAACACAAGUAUCCUCUUUCUCCCUCUCAAAAAACCCCGCCACGGUCUCUAUUCCGACCCGAUCCAGUAUGAUGUCCAACACUGCAUUCAACCUCUUGGCCAUCCUUGCCGUGGCAGGUAGUGCAUUCGCGGCACCUCUUAGCGAAAGAAGCGAUCCCAAUGAGCCAUUGGUCAAGGUUCACGCUUUACCUGAUCAUUCUACUUCAGGUCAAAAUGGAGUCGUGAUGGCUAGCGUUGGCAGUACCAAUGCUCACGUCGUCCAGACUCCAGGGAACGACGAGAACAUUCUCCAUGUUCAAGUUCGACCAGAUGGUACGGACAAACCAUUGGAUGCGUAUGUCAAUGUACCGUCUUCGCCGCUGGGAGGAAAGAUCCCUCAAGGAGGCGUCGCAAAGUCGUUCUCUCAUACAGGUGAUGCGGUUGCUGGUGCGCUCCAAGGGACGGAUGCCGAGGACGUUCAAGAUGCGUACAAGGUCAUCGAUGCGGAUCCGCUUGCGCAAGCAUACGUUGGUGGGCCGUACUUGAAAGCUGGGCAGAAGCGGAGCAGCCCAGUACAAGAUGCAUCAGGAAAGGUUAUUCUAGACACUGAGAAACUGGUCGGAAAGCCAAAGAUUCUAAAUAAUGGUGGCGGAGCUGCAGGAUCGUUGCUCAAGACCAAUCUCAAGCCUGGAGCCUUGCUCGAUACUGGUGGAGCCAUCAAAUCGGACACUGGUAUCAUCCGUACUGGUCUAAUCAAGACCAAUCUGGUUGGUCGUGAUAAAUUGCGCACUAGCGCAUCCACCAAGGCCACUGUAAACCCCGAGAAAGCCCCGUUCAAACAGGGCAAUUCAGUGGGCAAUAUCAAACUUGGUGAUACGGCCUUGGCAAAAUCUUGGUGGGCUCGAAUAUCGGCAGCAAUGGCUUUAAGCAGGAGACUGAUCACCUGAUUGACACUAACGGCGCCAUCAAAUCGGACACGGGGAUCAUUCGUACUGGCCUACUCAGGACCAAUUUGAUCGGGCGAGAGAACCUGGGGAAAUCUCCCACUGGAAAAAUUAUCAUUGACACGGACAAGAUUCUG